GCCCGGUGCUAUCAUUCGGCAGUUGCGAUUUGUGGCGGACAGACGUGCGAUUAACUACAACAUCUAACCAAAAUCCACCACCCACCGAAUUAGCCAUGUAUCCGCAACUGGAGACGGAGGCCGAGGCUCUGGAGAAGGCCACGGCGAGGGCCCUUCUGCCGGGUGCCAUCAGCAAACCGGCAAGUGAAGCUGGCAAGGCUCCGACUAUAAGCAAGUGGAAACGUCGCCUGCAUCGCCAUAUCCCGGUCUUCCAGUGGCUACCACUGUACUCUACCGAAUGGGGAAUCGAUGACUUCAUAGCCGGCAUUACCCUGGGCCUCACUAUCAUUCCGGAGAGCAUGGCCUGUGCCUUGCUUGCCGGUCUACCGGCUCGCUAUGGUCUGUGUUCCGCAUUCAUUGGACCCUUGAUCUAUAUGGUAUUUGGAUCAAUUGAUAAGGUUAUCAUUGGUCCCACCAGCCUGGUGGCCUUGGUCAGCGUACAGUUUACCGUGGGACGACCCAUUGAGUUUGCCUUCCUGCUCACCUUUCUCAGUGGAAUUGUGCAGAUUAUUAUGGGAACACUGCGUAUGGGUUUCAUCUUUGAGUUUAUAUCCAUGCCUGUAAUCAAGGCCUUCUCCUCGGCCACAGCCAUUUUGGUAAUUGAAUCUCAGUUAAAAGUUUUAUUAGGCAUCAAGUACUUAGUUGCUGGUCUCAUUAACUCUGUGGGAAUGUUAAGUUCUCGAAUUGAAGAAUCUAAUAUGGCAGAUCUUACAAUUGGCAUUUGUGCUAUAGUCUUUCUGCUAUUACUUGAGCUAUUGGAACGUGUGGCUCACAAUGAAAACAGAAGCAAAGUUUUGAGGAUUACCUGUCGGUAUUUGUCUACCUCUAGAAAUACCUUGAUAGUGCUCAUUGCUGGCAUUGUGUCCUUCAUUUGGAUUCAAAAUAAAGGCCAAGUUCCUUAUGCCCUCAGCAAGAAUGCCUUGGCCACUUUGCCUAAUUUCACAGUGCCCAGCCUGGAUAUUGUUACACCUGAACGGAACUAUAGUUUCUGGGAGGUGUUAAAGGAACUAAACAUAGGUAUUAUCGUUAUACCCAUAGUGGGAAUACUCACAAAUAUAUCCAUAGGCAAACUGACCCCCAAGGGUUUGGUGGACACGAAUCAGGAGCUCCUUACCGUGGGGCUAUGUAACAUGUUUGGUUCCUGUGUCCAGGCAAUGCCUUCCUCGGGAGCUUUCACUCGAUAUGCCAUUAGCACUGCCUGCGGCCUAAAGACGCCCUUGGCCAAUUUGUAUUUGGGCAUCAUUGUGUUGCUGGCCCUGAGCUAUUUGAGUCCUUACUUUAACUACAUCCCUGAGGCCACUCUAGCGGCCAUCCUGAUAUGUUCCAUAUUCACAUUGUUGGACUUUAAGCUGCCACUGCGAUUGUGGCGUGACUCCAAACGCGACUUUGCCACCUGGUUGCUGUGCUUCUGUGUCUCUGUGCUAUUCGGCGUGGAAGUGGGUCUGUUCGUAAGCAUCGUAGUGACCGCCUUGCACCUGCUCUUCCUGUGGGCCCGCCCCGAAAUCCGUGUUAAGAUCGAGCAGCUGGAGGAGAUGCAAUACAUCCGAGUGACGCCAGGCAAUGGUAUCUACUUCCCAGCCAUCAACUAUCUCCGGGAGCGAGUCCUGAAGGCCUGCACCCAGGCAGACUUCAAGAUCACUGUGGUAAUCGAUGGACAACGCAUUAGUGGAAUGGAUUACACUGCUGCCCAGGGCAUUUCCAAGCUGUCCAGCGAUCUAUGCCGCCAGGCCGAUGCUUCCAGCUCGACCCUUCUAAUCUUGUUCAGAUUUCCGGAGCAUCUGCAGCGGCUGAUUGAUCAUACGGACAACCUGGUCUUUUGCGAGACCGAAGGCAAGGUGAAGGAAUUCCUCACCCAGGAGUCACUGCGCAAUGGUUACAUCAACCUAAAGGAACACAUAAGGGCCUCCAUCGAUCUGGGCUAUAAAAUCGACAUCGAUUAGGGACAGACUCGCCUCCUAGUUAGCUGUUUGUGUUAUUUAUUUAAGUUUAGUUCGAGAAAUUGUCGUUGUCGCUGGGUGAAAAUGGAAAUGGAAGUGGAAGUGAAGGAAAAGUGGAACAAAUGCCUUGAUGGCAGCAAUUUAUAAAAUCACCCUCGCACCCCCUGCACCCUGGCAUCCGAUCCCCAGGUCCAACUGACCUCAUGGAGCAAGGACGAGCCAGGAGCAGGGAGACAGCAGGAUGCGGUGCCGCUGGCGACGCCGUCAAUGAUUGCCAAGCUAAUGGAUUUCUGUUUACUUUUUCACUUAGACCAGGGCGCCAAGGAGGAGGGGCGGCGGCCCAGGAGCUGGGGCAUAAGAAAAAAACACAACGUUUUUUGAAAAAUAGCGUAAAAGAAAUUAGAGGAAAAGCGAAAGCGUAAAGCUAACUUCUCUAACCAAAAUGAACAAAAAGAAAAGAAAAAAGCGAAAAGAACAAGGUGCGCGCUAUGAAAAAAGGACGAAAACACAGCUGAAAAGAAACUGCAAGAAAUUAAACUAAAAUCCAAGCGUAAAGUGGAUCAAACGCAGUAAAAACAAGCCCAGGAACAAUUAAGUUUCAAGUCCAAGUCGGCAAGGGAAUACUCUUUCCAUUGAGACUAGUUUUAAAUACAAGUUUUUAAAAAUAAGUAAGUUUAAAUAAAAAAGCUUAAGGCUUAGAUUUAUCCAGGCUGAAUAUAAGUUAAGUACAAAGUAAAGAGAAUAAAAUAAAUAAAUUGAAUAAUAAAUAAAUGGUGAUAUAUAAGGUUAGUUUAAAGGUAGUAAUAUAUAUAAAUUUAAAAUGUAAUAUAGUGACGCA